AUGAGUAAUCUCGACGACCACGAGAGAAAGAUCCGGCGCCAGGCAAGAAUCAGAGGGUCAGGUAAGAGGGUGAUACAGGCACAAAAGUUGGAAAUCGUUGAUGAACAGCAACCAAUAUUGGAGACCGACGACACGGGUAAAGCUCAUGAGACCGAGACUUCCCGUAAAGAACUUGUUACACAAUUUAGGGAACCAGAACUGAACAUCCACACUCCUCCGCAGAAGCGAAAAAGAGGCCGCCCUAAAAAGAAUAGGGCAGGUGGCCGGAAGCGACGCUCUUUGGAAAAGCCAAAGCAGGACUUGUCAUCAGAACAUAAUCAUGAGUUUGAAAGAAGCUCUGCUACAAACCUGAAGAAUAUACCCAGCUUGGUCUCUGAUUCAAGCUUACAAUUUUCUGUUAACCCUGCUGUCCCUCUCACUGUAAAUUCAGAUAGCGUUCACGGAAUCGUUCUGACUGGCAAUUAUCCACAAGGAGAAACGGCAAACAAAAAACUUCUUAACAAAGGAGCAAUAAGUUUCUUUGAUGCGUUACGAUGCUUGAUUGAGGAUUUCAAUUCGGACGUCGCUUACUCCGAUCAAUUUAAAAUGCAUGUGUUAAACACAAUUGAUGAGCUACGAAUGAAAUCAACACAACUCAAGAAAACAGCCAGUUUGAUUUCAAGGAUCCAAAAAGAAAAAGCUCAAAUACGGCAAAGGAUAUUGAUGGUGAAGGACCAAAGUAAGAAAGUGGCAAUGGAAAUGAGUGAGCUUAGGGAGGAUGAGAGCAAAAAGAAAUUAGAGUACGAGUGGAUUAAGUCGAUUCGUGACCGGAUCGAAACAUUGAGACGUGGAAUGCAAGGCGAGACUCUUUUAGAGAAGAAUGAUCUGGAAACAGCGGAAUGGCAAUUGCUCCGAUUGAAGGUUCUAUUUAGUCCUGAAACAGGAGUUGUUUCGAAAUUGCGUGAUGUUAAUGAAAAAUUGAAAGAGAAAGAAGCCCAGUUGUCAAGUAUUAGUUAA